AUGUUAAUUCUCUUGAUUAGUUUUCUAUGCCAUGUAUUUCUCAAUCAUGCAUCUAUACUUCAUUGUGACUUUGAAACAGAUUGUGUUGAUUUUACUUUUGAUUCCAACUGGGGUUUAACAGAUGGUGAUCAUUCUCAAGGUAUCGAUCAUGAUCAUACGUUAAAUACAGGUGCUGGUCAUUAUCGUUACUACAAUCCGCAAUUUAGUCCACAAGCUCAGUGGGCAGAAAUACAAACAACUAAUCGUUUACCAUUGUCAAUUGAUCGUGUCCUAUGUUUUUAUAUGUGGUACUAUACAUCUCGCGCUAACUUUCCAUUCAAUGUUCAAGUUGGACAAGGUGAUGAUGGACAACUAGCACGUGUAUUUUUUUCUACUGCAGGACGAAAUGCAUCAACUAAUGAUUGGACAUUAAUCAAUAUCACACUACCAACUGAAGAAUUAAAAAUAUUUAUUCGAUUGAAUGUUUCAACUCAACCUUUAACAUUCGAUGACUUUUCAGUCGAUUAUUGUGACGGACCACGUCCAAUACCUCCGAAAGUUUUAUAUUCUUGUGAUUUUGAAUCAUCAUGUACGAAUGAUUUUAUUUCCUUGCCUCAAUAUGUAUAUCAAUGGUCAAUCCUCAAUGCCAGUGAUGCUAUGAAAAUAGACAAAGCAGCACCAACUGUUGAUUUUACCUUUGGAAAUGCAUCAGGUCAUUAUGCAUUAUUAUCUAAUGCUACAAGAGGUCUUGGUUAUCUACAUGCACAAAGAGAAAUUCAAAUAACAUCAAACGAAUUCUAUUGCUUGAAUUUUCGAUAUUACGGUACCCAAGGACCGAAUAAGCAUCAAGCGUAUUUAUCAAUCUAUUCAUGGGCAUCCAACGAAUCGAAAAUAAUCCAAAAGUUAUGGCCAACAGGAGAUCUUCAUCGAUACCAGUAA